CUUGAGGGGGUUGCAAAGAGGGGCGAGACGUCGAGGAAGGGUGAUAAACGGGGGGAAUUGCUUCCGCAGCCAGAAACCACGUGGCGUUGAUCAACGCCCACUACUCAUCUCUCAUUGCAAUGAAUGCCUUUGCUUCGCUACAGCACAUCUUGCAUCAUGUCUGGGAUAGUAUCCAUCGAUAUAGAGCAUCUGAAGAAGGGCGAGGUGAAUCUUGGAGUGAGUCGACCGUGUAGUGUUGUUCCUGAUCUCAGACGUCCAUCAUGGCGGUCCAAUUUGACGGAGGAGUGGUCAUUGGUGCUGAUUCACGAACCACAACCGGAGCAUACAUUGCCAAUCGAGUCACCGACAAGCUCACACACAUCCACGAUCGAAUCUAUUGCUGUCGUUCUGGAUCAGCAGCAGACACUCAAGCUGUUGCCGAUGCCGUUCACCAGCACUGCCAGGUUUACACUGCCGUCUACGGAGGACCUCCGCCGGUAGCCACUGUGGCCGCCAUGUUUGAAAAGCUAUGUUACGAGAACAAGGAUCAGUUGACAGCUGGUAUCAUCGUUGCUGGAUGGGAUGAGGAAGGAGGAGGCGUGUUCAACAUUCCCGUCGGAGGAGGCAUCUUCCAACAGCCUUGGGCUAUUGGAGGUUCCGGAUCGACUUAUGUGUAUGGUUAUUGCGACGCGACCUACAAAGAGGGUUGGAAUGAGGCAGAGACAGUCGAAUUUGUCCGCAAUACCCUUGCCCUCGCCAUGUCUAGGGAUGGCUCAUCGGGUGGAACCAUUCGUAUGUGUGUCAUCACCAAGGAUAAGGUGGAGAGACAUUUCGUUCCGGGCAACAAGCUCCCCCGAUUCUGGGAGGGGAAGGAGGUGUUGGCUCAGGCUCCUAAGCCGAGCAUUGCAGUGGCAUGACAUGUAUGCAUUGGAGACAUGACAAAUCAAAC